UCGAUAUACACGCCAGUAUGGAAGAGAUGAACAGCACCAUUCAAAACCUGUUUACUAAAUCUGAUCAAAUUGGUGUCCAAGUCAAAAGAUUACAUGGAAUUAUUGGCCCUGUGCUCAAGGGUGAACACUUAAAAUGUACCAAAAUGAACGAUCUUAUUUUAGUGGACAUGACGUUUACUGGAGUAGAUGUUAACAGAACAUUGUGUGAUACCAAGACUGACGGUGGAGGAUGGAUUAUUAUACAGAGACGUAUCAAAGGUGAUGUGAACUUUACAAGAACUUGGAACGAUUAUAAAAACGGCUUUGGCUCAAUUUCUGGAGACUUUUGGAUCGGAAAUGAUGUAAUUUCAAGCUUGACAUCUUUGGGUUAUAAUGAACUCAGAUUUGACAUGAAGUAUAAAGGUAAAGACUACUACGCUGUGUACAGAGGUUUUAAGGUACAAAAUGAAGCAGCAAAGUAUAGGAUGAACUACCCGUCAUUCAGUGGUGGGAAUGUUGAAGACAAGUUUAGUUAUCACAACGGCAUGAAGUUUACAACCAUUGACUCUGAUAACGAUGAGUGGUCAGGUAGAAACUGUGCUGUAGACGACAGUAGAGGUGGUUGGUGGUAUAAGGUUUGUCACUAUGUUAACGUCAACGGUAAAUGGGCGAGUCGUGUUCGUGCGAGAGGAAUUAAUUGGUAUAGCAUUACAGACUUUACUGACUCUCUAGACUUUGUUGAGAUGAAACUUCGUCGAAUGUAAACAACCCGAAAACAAUGCUAUGGCAAAACAAUGGAUAUACAGUAAUCAAAUUAUUUAUAUAAUCUUCAGGAACAUAAGCAACAUUACACAUAUUAAAAUAAAUAGAUGUAAACAUUAAACUAAGGCAAUAUUUUCCUGAUGGUGAGUAUACAUAAGAAGUUUAAAAUUAACGAACAUUAAACCAAACAUUUUAUUUAAAAAAAAAGAUUUAAAAAAACACCAACAGAGUUUGUUUUGCUAUUAUGAUGUAAUAAAGCCAUGUAUGCACUCAUCUGGAAUUGAAAUUCCUCAUAGAUUGACCGUGUGUGUUAGCCAUUAAACCAGGAAAAAAAACCGACUAUGAUGGUGUCAUUUAUUUCUUGCAUAUUCAUAACUAGACUAGUAGUGUAGUUAUCAUCUACCACUAUAUCUUUAAUCAGACAUUCACUCGGAUCGUGUGAAGUUCAACUCUAAUAACGUGUGUAAUGUUUGUGCAAUUUUGUCAAUAAUAUUUUUUUGCAUAGUUUUUCGAAAGAUAUAGAUCUAUAUGCCACUAACAUCGCAUUAAGUAGAUUGUAACUGUUAAUGUGGGAUCUGUAAAGCUUUGUAUUAUAAAUGUGAACAUUAUGCGGUCAUAUAGUAGAAUAAAAAUAGAUUAUUUAAGUAAAUCCUAUAUUUAAGUAGUUAAUAUUUUAUCUGGUGUAUCUCAUAUCGAGCAUGUUUGUUUAUUGAGAAAUCUCUACUAUCACAUAUAAGUACAUAUUAGUACAAGAUAAACGUUUAAUUCUGAAUAUUUUGAUGUUACUGAGAUUGGAAUAUUCGUUUAUUAUUGUUUUCAAGGUAUGUAACCAUACUCUCACAAAUCAAGUGGGUAAUUUUAAUUGUUAUCUCCCGUGAACAAUUUAGUGUCGUUUGUGUUCCAUACCAUAGGCUAGAGAAAUUUCCAGUUACCUACUUUUAUAAUUGUAUUUGUUUAGUAUGUUUCAGUAGC